ACACGAAGCCUAAACAACAAUGGCUGAAAACGCCUUUCCCGUUCACCCCGUGGAUGUGGUGGUGAGGUUUUACAAAACAGAAGUCCUUCUUGGCGAAGAAGCAAAACAUUUCAACAAGAGCGAUCUCGCUCCGUCUCCAAAGCCAGAAGCAGUGCAAUUACUCUACAUGAGAGUACUGAAUCAACUCUUUCAUUUCAGAGCUGAAUACCACUCAAUGGUUACAUUUGUGGAAAACAUUCAGUCCCCUGAAUCUUACGAGGGGGCAACUGGCAUCCUCUGCAUCUGCUCACAAAUGCAGCAAUUUCUGCCCAUGUGUUUAGUGUAUGACUUCUCACUGAAUGACCUACUAGCACCAAAGAAACUGCGAACGCUUUCUGUUUUGAGUGCCAUCAUGAACUUUCUUCAAUUCAGAAAGCAGAGAAUUGAUGUGAUGUCAGCAAAGGAAGCCAAGUUUAGGGCGGCCUUAGACAUGCAGCAGACUCUUGCCACAGGAAACCUGGAAGCAGAAAAAAAAAUUAAAAUGCUGAGGACCAUUCCACCAGAGCAACAAGCGGAGGCUGCUAAGCUGGAAGCUGCCCUCUCGGAACUGCACGCUAUCACCGCACCUUUGUUAAACGAAGUAAAAAUUAAAGACGACGCAAUUACAGAGUGGAAAUGUAGAAUCGCUGAGCUUACUAAGAAACUGGCCCACGUGAAGGUGGAUAUAAACACCGUGAAGGAGGACAUGAACAAAGUCAAGUCUCAAAUUGUUGAGUCGCCGGAGGAGUUGCAGAUCCAAAUGGAAAGAAUGAGGGAAAAUAUCAAUGACAUAAAAAGCUCUUUAGUAAAAACGGAUGGGGAUGUCGUGGAGCUUCAAAACAUGGUCCAGAGAAUGAACCGCACCGACAUGGAGAUGCAGCAAAUGUACAACUUGUUGCUAGAUCUGGAAAUCAGCAUGAAUGACAAAAAGCAGCAGGAUGAGGAGUACAAGCAGCUUGUUUCUCAGUGUGAGAAAAAGCAGAAGGAGCUGAAGGAGCUGUGCAAAGAGGAGGAGCUGCUUAAACGAACUCUUGACAAAAAGCUGGACCGGGAGGUCAAAAAUAACAUCCUCAGGCAAAAGAAGCGGGCGAUCAAGGAGCAACAUAUCAAUGAUGUGUUGGGAGAGUGGAACCAAAUAGGUCAGAAACGUGAGGAAAAGGUAGAUGAAAUCCAAGGGCUUUCCAGAGAGAAUCAGCAGCUGAAAGUUGAGAUCCAGGGCCUGACAGGCACCUGCAGCCAACAAACCAAGAAAGCUCAGGCAAUGUAUGACACUCUGGCAACUUCUAUGGAUGAGAUGGACAGAAGAAUUGAGAUGAUGAUCUUAAAUAUAAAAGAAAAUGCCACUAAGAUGUUGGCAAGUUUCCAAUAAUCUUUCCAUUUAAAAAAUGGUUGGGGUUUAAAGUGUUAAUUCAAAAUGUAUGUUACACGUCCACGAGUUAGCGUCUGACCUAAAAUGCCAACUAUUUCUCAGCGGUUAAUAAAAGCAUUCAGCAGUAGGUAGCGUCUUAAUUAAUCAUGCUGACUCGUGGGUUCUGUAAUAAAUAGCAUCAUAUUAUAGUUGUGUGUAUAUUUUUUAAUGAUAAUACAUUGUUUCACUGAGUCUUGGUAUAUUAGGCAGAUUCAAUCUGUCUGCAAACACUGAGCAUUGAUUGGUUGUCCAGUGAAGCACACAAGCAGAAUAAUGGCAUCACUUUCAUAAUUUAUUUGUGAAUGUUACAAAACAAUGGGUUUGACACACAUACUGCUGCCAAAACCCUACAGUGGGAGUCAAACUUCAGUCCUUGGGGGCCAGUUUUACAAGUUUCCUUCCUACAGCUGAAAUGGUUCUACAGUUUUUGAUGGAUGAUGGCGAGGCAGUAACAGGGUUGGCUCAAAAGUCUUAAAUUUCUAAGGACCCAAACUAUUGUCCAGGUGGUAGUAGCAGUUUUCCACUUGGAAAUCCAACAUAACAGGAUUUCAUGCUUGUUGUUGAAUCUUAUCUUGUAAUACUUUUAACUCCUGCUUUAGUCUAAAGCUGUUAUUUUGUUUACUUACCAUGCAAGUCCAUUCCGUGACUGUACAGUUAACUUCAACUAGCAGUUCAUCGGUCUGUGCCGUCUAAUAAACUUUGAACCAUAGAGCACUAUGAAAUGAAAUACAAUAUAGUUGUACAGUACAGACCCACACUACACAGAAUAGCGGGUACUUACUGGGGUUUAAAGGCCUGUAGCGCCAGAAGAGUGGGUACAAGGCUGAAAAGUGGAGUGGGGGUUGCUACAGACGACAAACACAUACAAAGCAGUUAAGUAAUCGGAGGGAUCUUUUUAAUCCACAAUAAUUGUUGACAAAGUUCUUAAGAACUCAACCAACCUGAUUGAAUGCCCGCCCAGAAGACAGGCGGCUAACAUGACAAAUAGACAAGAAAGCAUUUUAGUAACCCGGAAUACGCAUACUGCAGUAAAUAAGGCUAGUUGCAGAUCCUUUUUGGGGAAAAAAAAAAGAAAACCAUUUGGUCAGGUUAAAUAUGCUUCCAAUUAAUUAAGUUCUAGCUGCUAUUUGCUGCAGUUCCUGUAUUACUGGGUGAUACAAGUGUUUGGCUUAAAGCGCAAAGUCUGUGUAGGUCUUCAACAUCUUGGAAGUCAUUUCUAUGGCAAUUUUAUCCAGGUUAUUAUGUCAUGCAUAGUUAGAAGCCACAAGUUGACCAUCUUCAUUCAAGGCCAAUAGCCUUUGGUUAAUGUCAAUAUUCAGUCUAUUAGAAUAUGAUGUCAUCCUGAUGGAUGACACCAAAAAGUCACGAUGGCCAACUUUGUGUUGCGUGUCAAAAAUACAAGACUGUGUACAAACCUUUGUGACUCACCUUCACGCACGUCACAACAAACCAGCACUGCGGUUUUAAGGUGGAUUUUAUUACAACAGCUUGAUAAAACAUUACAAAGGAUGCACACAAGGAGCAUUUUAAGCAGGAAAUACUAAAACAAACCUGAAAUAAGAAAGCUAGACUUAUGAGCCACAGAAAGUACAUAGUUGGAAUCAUCACCGAAACCCUCACCAACCAAGGUUGGGGACGCAAGUCCAACAGCAUCUAAGCAUGCUGUGAGGGCAUCGAGCGAUCUACAAAAUUAACAAAAAAACAAAAAACAA